UACUUCAAGGACUGCAUACUGCCAUGUAGUUUCCAAGGAGGAGAUGAAGUAGUCGUCCAAUAUAUCUACUCAGAAAACGUUCAUGUCCACUCAUUUUAUCAGAACCAAGACGAUCUGGACCGCCAGGAACCACGAUUCAGAAACAGAACAUCGCUGUUCAAGAAUGAGCUCUCCAAAGGAAACGCCUCUCUGCUGUUGAGAGAGGUGACGGUUCAGGAUCAGGGACGAUACAAGUGUUCAGUCAGUACGAUCACAGGAACGGAGGCUUCGAUUAUCAACCUCAGAGUUGAUGCUCCGGUCACUGGAGUCAGGAUCACUGCGGCAGGAGACAGGAUCACCUGCAGCUCAGAGGGGAUCUACCCUGAACCUAAUCUCACCUGGUCCGUCAUCUCUCCGUUAAACACCACACUCCAGAGCAGAUAUAUAACCCAGCAGCCUGAACACCCACUUUACAGCAUCAGCAGUUUUUUGAUGGUUUCAGACAGAGUUUCUGAUCUGGUCUACAACUGCACUGUCAGAACUCGAAGCAACCAAAGAACAGCUGUUGUGAGGCAACAGUCUACAAAUGGUCAUUUUAAAACGAUCCCCUGCGCCGAGUCAAACAGUUCUCUAACGAACCUCGUCUGGAGAUUCAACCACAGUCAGAUCAUCCUGACGAGGCCUGAGGGUGACGCCUCCGACGAGGUUUCAGAGGAGUGGAGGAAACACGUGAAGGAGGUCUCAGAGUCCGGCGGCCUCACCUUGCAGGACUUAUCUCCACAACAGGAGGGAGUUUACACGUGUGAAGUCGGCGGUGGUGACGAGGAGCACACGAUCAACCACUUCAUUCUGAGAGUAACUCCAGAACAACCGUCCCGCACUGGAAGCAUCAUAGUGGGUGUGAUCGUAGUCUUUCUGAUUGCUGCUGCUGUGCUUUUACUAGUUUUUUAUUGUAAAAGCAAAACAAGAUGAACGGAACGGGUUGAAGAAGUCGCCGAAGAAAGACGAGAUCUGAAACGGCUUCAGUCAAGACUGAAAUCUCUGGAGUUUGUUCGUCUGAGAGGUGGAAAGAAAAACCUUUAAAAACUCAAACCGUUCUGUUUAAUCCCUGCUCAGCUUUGUGUUUCGGGUCAAAACUCAGCACAUUAUCUGUUUUGCUAGAAAACAUCCGAUGCUUUGAUAGGUAUUCUUAUUUUUACAUAUAGAUCUGUUUGUUUUUGUGACCUGUGGGCCCCAUAGACCUGGACUCUGGUGGUCCACGAGCUGAACGAACGAACCGAGUCCAAAAUGCUUCAAACACCAAAACUGUGGGAAAGAAACCGACUGAACCGAUGUUUGAUUGUCUGGUUUCUGACCGUGGUUCCCAUCAGGGAAGUAUUCUGUUAAAGUAGCUGUAAAGGAAAGAUUUUAUGAGGGUCAUUUCAAGUGUAGGAUGACAUUUUUCCCCCAUUAGUAAUAAAUAAAUAAAUAAAUAAGAAGGAGAUAAACUGUUGAGAACAUUUUGAAGGAGGCAGAUACAUUGUUAAUCUGUUAGUGACCUUGUUUUUUUUUUAUACAAAGGAAACACGCUUAGGGAAUUAUUGUCAUGAAAAGAAGAUUUUGUUUAGGAACUUUUCUGUUUGUGAAAAAUGAAGGAAAUAAACGUUCAAGAAAAAAAAAUACAUUUAAAGGACGCACAAAAAAUGUUAAGGAAUGAUUCCGGUGUAGAAUAAAUGGGGGGAAACGUCAGGGGAAUCUUGGUAAAGGUUUAUGGAUGUUUAUCACAACAAUUAAUGUUGAACCAUGUGAGUCACGAGUUCAAGUUCAAGAAUCUUUAUUAUCCCCGAGGAGCAAUUUGUUUC